AUGGAUAUGCAAACCACCCAACUUGCGAAGGAUCAGCGCGGACUCUCCGUCACUUCUGCGCCGGAAUUUUGUGAGACUGCGGAGUCUCCAGUGAAUUCAGACACAUAUCCGGAGGACACUCUAAUUAAAGGCAACUUGGCCAAGCCACAACUUCCCUCUAUUGAGAGUGUGCUCCAAGAAGGCAAUCCAGGCGGUUUAGUCCGCCGCGGUGCUAUCAAAAGGCCUAGCAUGAGGAAGAGGCACGACAGCUGUGCCUCUAAGACGUCUAUUUCCACUUUGAACUCAAAUUACGGUUCGGUAGAUGGUCGGGAUGAAGACAUGCCUUCUGCACGCCGUUUCAGCUUUGGACAGAUUUCUGAUGGGCCGUCCUCUGACUUUACUGGUCUAGCAACUACUGGCGACUAUACACGUAGCCAGGUUCCGGAAGAUGUCCGCCUAUCGGUUCUUCGUAGGGUGGAGCUCUUCGAGACUUAUACAGCAAGUUCGACGACGCCUGGUAAUAUGCCAGCGACUGCUAGUCGCCCUUCACGGUUCGUAGAGCACUUGAAUGAAUCGUCCGACGCGGUUUUCGAGUAG